AUGACGAGUAUUGAAAAAGUUGAGCGAGAGUUAGAAGACGUGCAAGUGAAGGAGCUUAAAGAAAGCCAAGCACAGGGGAAACUUCUGGAGACGCUGAGACUGAGGCUGGUGAACGGAGACGCAGCAGUCAAGAUGGGAGAAGACUCGGCUAGAGGGACCGGCUGGACAUAUCUUCAGCCCACAUAUUCACAUAAAACUUCGACGGCUCCUCAUGCUUCAAUGCCGAUAUAG